AGUUAGUUUGACAACAGGUUUGCUUGUUAAUGACUUCAAGUCUACUGCAUUUCAGCCAAAGACAGGACAAUAUCUUCUCAGAUUCUGCGCCCCCAUGGCUUUGAGCUAUUGCUCCAACUGCCUUAAGCCGGAGAUAAGCAGCUUUCAGCAAGCAGAAAAAGAGCUGGCAGGAGAUUAUCAUUUAGACUCAGUCUCAGGUUUUGAUAGCAGUUUAGCUCUCUUGGACACUUUUAUUGAUCCAUUUCUCCAGCCAGGCGGGCUCCUUUUCUCGGAUGGCUACACCAACCUCCUCCCUUCUUUGUCUUCUCCACCUGAGUACAUCAUCUCUAGUUUCCCACCCGAGGAGUUUGAAUUUGAGUUGUGCCAGGAGUACCCCAAACGCCAAAAGAAUGUUUCAAAUUAUUACUGCUCAAAUUUUGGGGCUAACUUCUUGGCUGGUUUCGUUCCAAAUUCUGCUCCAGGCCCGGCUGCCACAGACUUGUUCUUGCCAAAAAUCCCUGUGCCACUGCCAGAGUUUGAGCCCGAAAUGCCCACUUUCAAUUGUGAGAAUGAGAAUGCCAAGAAAACAAGUCCAGUUAGCGUGUCUAACCUGCAGAGCAUUGCCGCACGUCAAAGGAGAAGGAAAAUAACUGACAAGACACAGGAGCUGGGAAAGCUCAUCCCUGGUGGCCAUAAGAUGAGAACUGCUGAGAUGCUCCGGGCUGCUUAUAAGUAUGUCAACUUCUUGCAGGCUCAAGUUGGAGUUCUUGAAGCCAUGUGGUCAUUUCAUCAGGGUAAGGAAGAAGCAUUAAUGCAUUCACAAGAACUCCCAAACUUGCUUGCAUCUCAAGCAAUUCAAGAGAAGUUGUAUUCCGAAGAAAAGUGCUUGAUCCCUAAAGAUUUCGUGCAAACUCUGGCCAAUGAUUAUCAGAUUCAAUCAAAGCCUUUGAUAAUCGAGGAAAUCAAUAGGAUUCUUCUCACUAGCUAGCCACUAUGAUUUUAAUUUCCCAGUAUUAACUAGUUAGAAAUAUUUUUGUUGUAUUUUCCCAGCUAAUUUAGUACUUGCUAA